AGGCUGGAGCCUGUGCCAAUCAAUAAUUCACCUCUUCCGGACCUACUCAUUCCUCAAUCUCCUGUUCCUGUGUUACCCGUGGAGAGCAGGGGGGGAGGGCUGAGUGCUGUGCACAGAUGUGGUUCAGGUGUAGAAUGGCCCUGUGCCACCACAGUGAGAAGCAUCUGCUGAAGGGCUGGGCCUUACCUCCACCACCUCUGAAGGGGUAAAAGGUUCGGCAUGUACAUUCCCUUCCUCCAGCUGAACUGUGACUUUCGGAAGACAGGCCUCUUCUCACAGGUGGCCAACAUUGGCCCGCGAGAGACAGGAGACAUGAGCUCCCGGGGCAAGGACUACCUGACAGUACUGAAGGAGACAUGGAAGCAGCACACCAGGCAGAUGUACGGGAUGGAGGCCAUGCCCACCCAUGCCUGCUGCCUCUCCCCGGACCUGAUCCGCAAUGAGGUGGAGUACCUGAAGAUGGACUUCAACUGGAGGAUGAAGGAAGUGCUGGUGAGCUCCAUGCUCAGUGCCUACUACGUUGCCUUUGUGCCAGUCUGGUUUGUGAAGAACACGCAGUACUAUGACAAGCGGUGGUCAUGCGAGCUCUUCCUCCUGGUCUCCAUCAGCACCUCUGUGAUUCUGAUGCAGCAUCUCCUACCAGCCCGGUACUGCGACCUCCUCCACAAAGCCGCAGCUCACCUGGGCUGCUGGCAGAAGGUGGAUCCGGCCCUCUGCUCCAAUGUGCUCCAGCACCAGUGGACGGAGGAGUGUAUGUGGCCUCAGGGGGUCCUGGUGAAACACAGCAAGAACGUGUACAAGGCCGUGGGCCAUUACAACGUGGCUGUGCCAUCUGACGUUUCGCACUUCCGCUUCCACUUCUUUUUCAGCAAACCCCUGAGAAUCCUGAACAUCUUAAUCGUGCUGGAAGGAGCUGUCAUCUUCUACCAGCUCUACUCCCUGAUUUCUUCGGAGAAGUGGCACCAGACCAUCUCGCUGGCUCUGAUCCUCUUCAGCAAUUACUACGCCUUCUUCAAGCUGUUGCGGGACCGGCUGGUGCUGGGAAAAGCUUACUCAUACUCGGCCAGCAGAGACUCAGAGCAGAAGCUAAACUGAAGCACUUGGUCUGCUCCUCAGCUUGUUACAAAAAAAUACAAAACAGGAAAAACAAAACCCCAAAACAA